UAGUAAUUCUUCCAACGUCCCAAUGCCUGUUGGUGUAUUCUAGAUCACACGCUGAAGCAGCUGUUCCUGUUCAUCGUUUGAUAGAGAUCUAGCACCAUCUGCACUAUAUCUGUCUUCCUCCGGACGUGUCUACACCUCCAUUAAGUCGCUCACGGCACUGAGAUCCAAGAGUUGGUAUUCCUUAGUAGAGAACAAAGGAAAUAAAGCAAAGGAUCUAUCCUUAGGCGUAUUAGAGGGGAACAUCUAACGAAAUCAAGAUAUCCUUUGGUUACAAAAAAAGAGAAAUCUGCCAUCAAGAACAUCAGGAACUUUAGCCGCUCGUCCAGGUUGAAGGACACCAACCAUCUGAAAGUAAGCGGUCCGAUUUCUCCAAAUUAACCAAAGCGAGACAUCCAUUUUCAUUCUCUGGAGUAGUGAAAAGAAAAACCUUCCCUAAAGGAAGCAAAACCUGAACUUAUCCAUCAAUCUGCGGAUCACAAGGCCUUUGAAGGAAAAAAUAAAAGAAGAGAGCAAGUGUCAAUCCAUUUGUCCCAGUCUUCUACUAAUCAAGACUAGAGCCGUGCUGUAAAAAGAGCCUGUACAACAAAUUCUGUCCACUUUUCACAAAGUCGGCAUUUCAGUUCACCCGCACUUCAGGAAACACUGGUCUCCAGUCACUAACUGCAGGCAACUCCUGAUCUUUUAACUAAAAAGUCAUCACAGAGCAGAUCUUCGGCAACUUCCUAUGGCUGACUGGAGCUUGCUGGGUAAUUUUCUGGAAGAGGUACAGGAGCACUCGACUUCAGUGGGUAAGGUGUGGCUCACCAUCCUCUUCAUCUUCCGCAUCCUGGUGCUGGGCACUGCAGCAGAGUCGUCGUGGGGUGAUGAGCAGGAGGACUUCACAUGCGACACGGAACAGCCAGGUUGCGAGAACGUUUGCUACGACCGUGCCUUCCCCAUUGCCCACAUACGCUUCUGGGUGCUGCAGAUUGUCUUCGUAUCUACACCUUCGCUUAUCUACAUGGGCCAUGCCAUGCACACUGUGCGCAGAGAGGAGAAGCGAAGACAGAAAGAGCAAGAAGCUCAGGCAGGUGAUGGAGGAGGGGGUGGAGAUGGAGGAGGGGGUGGAGGAGGGGGAGGUGCAGAGAAAUACCCGGAGGAAGAAAGGGAUUGUGGAAAGGAGGAAACAAAAGGGGGGAAAGUGCACCUGAGAGGUGCUUUGCUACAGACCUAUGUGCUGAGCAUCAUGAUCCGCACCCUGAUGGAAGUGGUCUUCAUCAUUGUGCAGUAUGUGAUAUAUGGAAUCUUUCUCGAAGCACUAUACCUGUGCAAGGGCCCUCCUUGUCCACAUCCAGUCAACUGUUACAUCUCACGGCCCACUGAAAAGAACGUCUUUAUUGUGUUCAUGCUUGUAGUAGCAGGUGUGUCUCUGUUUCUGAGCAUCGUCGAGCUCUACCAUUUAGCGUGGAAGCAGUUCAAGAGGUGCGUCAAAGACCACCAGGACAGAAGGCAUCAAAGAUCUAAUACAACACUGGCUAUAACAUCUGCAUCUCCUGAACCUUCCACGCCGAACCGAGCCUGUACCCCACCGCCCGAUUUUCAUGAGUGCCUAGCAACAUCCACUCCACCUUCACGCCUUUUUCAGACGAAAACGCACACACACACUCUCACACAUCCAAGCUGCCCACCAUUCACCAACCACCUGGCGUACCAGCAGAAUUCUGUCAAUAUGGCGACAGAGCGUCACCGCGAUCAUCACAGUAUAGGGUCCAAAGACUUUCUCAAGAUGAGCUUCUCAGAGGAAUCCACAAACAUGUCCAAUAUGUGUGUUCCACCCCCACUGUUAGGCAAUGAAUUCCUGAACGACAAACGACGGUUCAGCAAGAGCAGUGGGACCAGCAGCAGAGCGAGACCAGACGAUCUGUCAGUAUAGUCUGUGCUUAGGCAGUCAUAAAACUAUGCCAUAAAUUACUGUUUUUAAGUAUUACAUUUUGCACUUGAGUUUUUUUUGUGAAGAUUACACCGAGUCUGAUCUGCUGCAAUAAAAUUACCUUGCGUUAGUUCCGUACACAUUACAUUUACCCAGGUUUUUUAUUAGGAUGCACUGGACUGACCAAGAGUUAGUGGGACUCUUUACUCAUUCACUGAUUAAUCUUCAGUAACUUCUAUAUUCUGGUAAGAUUCGCAGUGUCUUCACAACUAGUCCAUCACAGAUCAUCAUGCACAUACACACUCACACUUAGCAUGCUUUUCAACUGUAAGGAAACCUAGAGGAAGUCUACAAGGACAAGGGACGACAUGCACAACUCUGCAUGAAGCUCUGCAGUAAAUUAUUCUCAGGAUUAAAUCAGGGACCAUAGAACUGUAAGGUAGCAGCUCUAGCUUCUGUGCCACUAUGUUGUCCCGGGACACUUAACUGUGAAUCGAUAAAGUGGUGUAUAUUUUACUAGAUCCAGGUCACUAUGAAGCUUUAAAGCAAGUAGAAGGUUAUUACAGAACUGGAAUACCUCCAGCAUGCAUCACAAACUCAAAUCUGCUUUUGCUUUUUAUUUUAUUUUGCAUUGUUCUAGGUUAAAGCAAAUGCUUAUAUGAUUAAUAUAAUAAAGUUUGUUGAAUGAUAGAGCCUCUUUGACCAAUAGCAUGUUCGUUAUGCUCAUAUGUUCAAUAUCAUGUUCAUCAAGUAUUUUUAUGAUGAUAUCAAACGUUAACA